AUGCACGAGAAAAGCCCCUUUACCAUGUGGGACUUCUUGCAACAACGAAAGCGUUGGUUGCAGGGUAUUCUCCUGACUGUACAUUCGCCAAGAAUUGCUAUAACACAUAAGGCUUUGCUUGCCUUGUCGUUAUAUGCAUGGGCAACGAUGCCGAUAACAUCACUGCAGGUGUUCCUCUGCCCUCUAUUUCCGCUUCCGCGUUGUCUUCCAUUCGAUUUCGCAUUAUCAUUCGUUGGUGCUAUCAAUUUAUACAUGUAUAUAUUUGGAGUGGUGAAAUCAUUUUCGCAUAAAUACAGGUACGUUCAUUAG